CGCGGCCCCUCCAGCCCCCAAGAUGAGGAAGCUGAGGCUCAGAGGACAGUGAUACACCCACCUGCACGGAACUUGGUCGUUGCGGUGCACUAACCAGGUGGUCGGCCCCCGGGGGCCUAUGCCGUGAGGUGAGGACGCCCAGCCAGCAUGCCGUGGGACGCGCGACUGCCGGGGGGCGGCGCGGAAGGCGGGCCCGAGGGCGCGGGGGCGGCGCGCUCCAGGGCGCAGAAGCAGUGCCGCAAGUCGUCGUUCGCCUUCUACCAGGCCGUGCGCGACCUGCUGCCCGUCUGGCUGCUGGAGGACAUGCGCGCCAGCGAGGCCUUCCACUGGGACGAGCGCGGCCGCGCCGCCGCCUACUCGCCGUCCGAGGCGCUUCUCUAUGCGCUCGUGCACGACCACCAGGCGUACGCGCACUACCUGCUGGCCACCUUCCCGCGGCGCGCGCUCGCGCCUCCCAGCGCCGGAUUCCGCUGCUGCGCGGUGCCGGGGCCGCACGUGGCUCUGGCGGUGCGCUACAACCGCGUGGGCAUCCUGCGCCGCAUCUUGCGCACCGUGCGUGACUUCCCGGCCGAGGAGCGCGCGCGCCUGCUCGACCGCCGCGGCUGCAGCCGCGUGGAGGGCGGCGGCACAGCGCUGCACGUGGCCUGCGAGCUGGUGCGCCCCGAGUGCCUCUUCCUGCUGCUCGGCCAUGGCGCCUCGCCGGGCCUGCGUGACGGCAACGGCCUGACGCCGCUGAUGGCGCUGUACACGCCCGUGGACGCCGCCGGCUCGGCCCGCCGCGAGUUGCUGGGCGACCGGCCGCGCUGGCGGCGGCUGCUGGGUGAGGAGAAGUUCCAAUGGCUGGCGGGCCUCGCGCCGCCCUCGCUCUUCGCGCGCGCCAUGCAGGUGCUGGUCACCGCCAUCUCGCCCGGCCGCUUCCCUGAAGCCCUGGACGAGCUGCCGCUGCCGCCCUUCCUGCAGCCGCUGGACCUCACGGGCAAGGGCUAGACCGUGGGGGCGCCCCGGGCCCUGGACUUUUGGAGCAUACAAUUUUUAAGAGCGUUGUACCUGGCACUUUACAUAUAAUUGUUUCUGGACGGCAGAA